AUMGCUCCACGAUAUCGCCUGCAAAGCAUUCGGUGGACAACUUCGCUAGCUUUUCUGCGUACAUCAGUGGUGGCUAGCUAACACCGACAGUCUAUGUUUGGUCGUAUUCAUCAAUGCACACCGUAGCGUUAACUGUUAAAGUUAACCUAAACGCUGUCUGAGGCACAGCAGAGCCUCUCAUCCUCAAGCCUUCGGAUGUCUAGCCAUGUGUGUGGCCGCAUCCUUGUGCGAGCUGCAAGCAGCACCCUCAGCCCUCUCUCUCCACAGUGGCCCAGUCUGACCCAGCGAGCACGCCUCUCCUGGGGCUGCUCUGUGUCUGGUGCUAGGUGUAGGUCUGGGGCCACCAUGCGCUUCCUCUCCACCCGUCAGGACCUGGACUUUCAGCUGAGCCGUGUCCAGAUCAGCAGCAUCCUGCGAGCCAACGAGCAGGCUGURAGCAUCCCUGAGUUUGAUGGCCGGGGUCUCAGUGCUGUGAGGAAGUUUGAAAGCAACCAGCUGGCAGCUAACACCCCCAACGAGGACCGCCGCAGCGCCGCCACCUGCCUACAGACUAAGGGCAUGCUGUUCGGGGUAUUUGAUGGUCAUGGUGGCUGGGCGUGUGCCCAGGCGGUCAGUGAGCGUCUGCUGUAUUACGUGGCGGUGGCCAUGAUGUCCCAGAAAGGACUGGAGGAGCUGGAACACUGCAUGGAGCAGAGCAGGCCUGUCCCUCCCAUCCUACAGUGGUACAAAAACCACGGAGACUACAACUACAGAGAGUCAGCCUCGCUCUACGUAGAACACCUCCGGGUCUUCUGGCAGGAGCUUCUGGACAGCGAGGAGCACGGCGACGGAAUGAGUCCUCCUGAUGCUCUGUAUUAUGCCUUUAAGCGUCUGGACACAGACAUCUCUCUGGAGGCCCAGGUCCCACACUCUAGCGACCUGAUAAGGAGUACUGCCAUACAGGUGGCGUUUGCUGGCUCCACAGCCUGUGUUGCCCACGUGGGCACUGAGGGGAUCCAUGUGGCGAAUGCAGGUGACUGCCGUGCAGUGCUGGGGGUGCAGGAGGAGGACGGGUCGUGGAGCGCCUUACCCCUGUCCCAGGACCACAACGCACAAAACGRGGCUGAGCUGGAGAGGCUUCGAGCCCAGCACCCCCCCUCGGAGAGGGACACGGUGGUCACUGACAACAGGCUGCUGGGGAUCCUGAUGCCUCUGCGUUCGUUUGGAGACGUAAGGUUCAAGUGGAGCCUUGAGCUGCAGCAGAGUGUUCUAGAAAGCCUGGAGUCUGGAAUAGAACUGGACUUCCUUAACCUCUACCAGUACACUCCGCCCAACUACCUGAGCCCGCCCUACCUGGACGUGGCGCCGCAGCUGACCUAUCACAGCCUCCGACCGCAGGACCGCUUCCUGAUCCUGGGCUCUGACGGGCUGUGGGACGAGAUGAGCUCUGAGGAGGCGGUUCGGCUGGUGGGCGAACACCUGAGUGGGAUUCAUCUACAGGCUCCAGUCUCCCCCACUGAGAGACAGUUGAACCUGGGCCAGAUGCAAGAGCUGCUGUGGAAACGCCGUGCCCUUGCCAUGCCCACCCUGGACCCCAAUGCUACCACACACCUCAUCAGACAUGCCCUGGGCACCGGGCAGUAUGGAGAGCUCUGCCAGGAGAAACUGGCAUCUAUGUUGGCUCUGCCUGAGGACCUGGCACGCAUGUACAGAGACGAUAUCACAGCUACUGUGGUUUAUCUGAACUCUGACCUGGUCAGACAACACAGGUAAUGCAGAUGGGGACACACAAACAUAGUAUUUUUACAGUAAAGAUGGUCUACUUCAACUCAGGCUUGGUCACAUAACACACACACAUUUCUUGACAGUUGUUUAAUUUACCCUACGGUGAAACAUUUGCUGCGUACUUAGGCCUAAUGCUCAAAUACUGCUCGCAGAGAACUGAGUGGCAUUGUAUUAGUGUUUUUCAGAUGGUUAAAUAAACUCAGAAAAAAAAACGUC